AUGGGAGAUAACGUGGAGAGCGAUCUUCUAUACGAGGAUUUUCAGAAUGAAGACCAAAAGGAUUUUAAUAAUGAUAACUAUGGACAAGAAGAUGAUUUGUAUGAUGACGUUUUAACAUCCGGAUCUAAUAAUUUAAACAAUAGUGAUAAUAAUGUAUCAUCAGAUCAUGCAGAAACGGAAACUAAUGGGAAUUAUCAAGGAGGAAUGCAUAGUAUGGCAAGAAGAUUUCAAUUGUAUAUAGGAAAUCUCACUUGGUGGACAACAGAUCAAGAUAUUGGAGAUGCAGUUGUUGGAACUGGCGUCAGUGACUUUCAGGAAGUCAAAUUCUUUGAAAAUCGAGCAAAUGGUCAAUCAAAAGGGUUUUGUGUAAUUACGCUUGGUUCUGAAGGUAGCAUGAGAAUAGUCAUGGAGAAUCUUCCAAAGAAGGAAUUGAAUGGACAGACUCCAAUCGUAACAUUACCGACAAAACAAGCAUUAAAUCAGUUUGAAAGUCAACAAAAAACACGUCCUACACCGCCAGUUCCACCGAAUGGUCAAAAACCAAUGCAAGGCAAUCCUAUGGGCAUGAAUCCAAACAUCCCACCGCAAGGUAACAAUAUGCAUCCAAGAAUGAUGAAUCCAAUGAUGCGUGGACCAAUGCCAAUGCAAAAUAAUCCAAUGCCGAUGAGAAUGGGUAAUCCUAAUGUUCCACCGCCUAUGAAUCAUCCAAAUGCUCCUCAAAUGAACAAUAUGCCACCAAGAUUCCAGAAUAAUUGGAAUAAUGGACAUCCUAGACCUGGAAAUCCAGGAAUGCAAGGUAAUCGACCUCCGCCUGGCAUGAUGAAUCAUCAAGGACCACCAGGCAUGAUGAAUCAACAAGGUCCACCAAUGAUGAAUAGACCUCCAAUGUCAGGAAAUCGUCCUUUUGGACCAAAUCGUCAAAUGCAUCCUGGAAAUUUCAAUCAAGGUCCUCAAAAUAUGAAUAAUAUGGGUAAUCCAAGAGUUCCUAUGAAUAUGGGAGGCCCUCCAGCUCCACACGUUAAUCCAGCAUUCUUUAAUCAAGGUGUUGGACCUAUGCAAGUUUCUCAACAAGGUCCACCUUCCCACUUUAAUCCUCAACAAGGUCCAAGACCACAAGGAAUGUGGCCACAACAAGGCAAUAAAAUGCCACCAUUUGAAGGACAAAAUCAGCCACCUCCAACUGGUCCAGCACAGCCACCAAUUAGUGAAGCUGAAUUUGAAGAGAUUAUGGGACGAAAUAGGACAGUAAGUAGCUCAGCAAUAGCUCGAGCUGUAUCGGAUGCAGCAGCAGGCGAAUAUACUAGUGCUAUGGAAACAUUAGCUACUGCAAUUUCACUUAUUAAACAGUCAAAAGUUGCAAACGAUGAAAGAUGUAAGAUUCUCAUUACAUCACUACAAGAUACACUACAAGGUAUUGAGGCAAAAAGCUACAAUCGACGAGAGAGAUCAGAUCGUUCAAGAUCUCGUGAAAGGAGACGACGACGAGAAAGAUCUAAUUCUAGAUCUUAUAGACGUUCACGUAGCCGAGAACAUCGUGAUCAUCGUGAAAGAGGAGGUCGAGGGGAUGAUCGGUAUUAUGGAAGUGAAAACUACCAUAGCAGUCGUGAAACUCGCGAACGUUCAAGAUCUAGAGAUCGAGGCAACGCCGAAUCACAUUAUAGAGGCGGUGAAGAAAGCAAUAGCAGAAGUCGUCCACGCAAAUCACCGGAACCUUCAAAUGAGUCAACAUCCGAGACAUUUAAGAGAUCAUAUGAAGAUAGGAAUCGCGAGGAUAGAUACAGAGAACGUGAUACAAGAAAUCGUCAUUAA